GUUACAUGUUUGAAUAGACAAAGAAUACUAAUACGUAAUGCAAAAUACUAUUAAUUGUUAUUCUUGAAAGUACCUUGUAGUACCAUGGUGCAUAAUGUUUCAGUACUAUGUUAUAUACAAAGUAUAUCGGAUAUCACUGUACCAUGGUUCCACUACAGCACAUUUAGCAAGAAAUGUGUAUAAGAAGGUAUUUUAUGUACUUUCAUAUAUACCAUACAAUAUUGAUAAUACCAUGGUAUUUACAUAGAACUUAAAAUAAUACCAGAGUGUUACCAUGUGGUAUGUCCAAAACUAUACUACCAUGGUAUCUUGUCCACAAAAACAUGGUAAUGCCAUCGUACUUGUAGUUACUUUUAGUAAUUUUAGCUCUAUUGUUGUGUUAAUCACUGACGUUUUUCUUUUCUGUGGCUGUUGAGGUUGUUUUUGUAGUGUCUUUAAUAAUAUUUUGUUUCUCCCUGUUUAAAUGUUGCUAGGGCUGUGUUUACAUCCUCAGGACACCACAAGCGUGCUCGUUACGCUCUGUAGUUCACGACCGCCAGCUACAUUUUUCUGUUGUGUGUGUCCAUGCAUGCUUGAGAAGGUUUGGGAUCAGGAUGGAUGUGGAGGAGACCGGAGCAGGUCAGAUGGAGACAGCGACCCCAGAAGAGGAGGCACCAGCUCCCAAACGUGGAAGAGGACGACCCCGCAAACCACAACAGGUCAGAGAGGAGCCUGUUGAAGCUUCUGCUCCCAGGAGGCCGAGAGGAAGGCCAAGAGGCAGUAAAAAUAAAGGCCAGCGGGUAACAGCCAAAGUAGAGCCACCUAGAGAACGGAGACCACGAGGUAGACCAAGAAAAUGGCCUCAGAAGACCGUUCAUCAAGAAGAACAGCAGCCUCAUCCUGCGGUUCAAGGGGUGGAGUCAGAGGAGCCGCCCAUUCAGACUCCGCCUGCUGCGUUACCAUCGCAGGAGAGUGACUAAGACUACCUCAGUGAUGACUUUGUUACUACGUUGGGGUAAUUCUCCAUCUCAACUGUAAAAAGUGAAAAUGUGCCAUUGCUCAAAUCACACUCAAAUUUUCAGGAAAGAUCAGACUACAUUUUUCAAAAGUCACCCUUAAGUCUGUUUACUACCAUCACAAGACUUCAUGAUGAACACCGUUCUUCCAGUUACACUGCCAUUUAAAAACUGGAAAUAAUAUCUUCUCUUUUUGUUUAUUAUUUGGAUAUGGUUCACUCGAAAAUGGAAAUUUGCUGAAAAUGCACUUACUCUCAGGCCAUCCGAGAUGUAGUUUCUUCAUCAGAACAGAUUUGGAGAAAUUUAGAAUUGCAUCACUUGCUCACCAGUGGAUCCUCCGCGGUGAAUGGGUGCCGUCAGAAUGAGAGUCCAAACAGCUGAUAAAAACACGACUCUAUCAAUUAACAUCUUGUGAAGUAAAAAAAUCUCUGUUUGUAAGAAACAAAUCCAUCAUUAAGAUGUUUUUAACUUCAGAUGUUGCUUCUGGCUCAAAUAAGAGUCAAUAAUUCAUAAUAAUUCACAUUUUCAGCAAAUUUUCGUUUUUGGGUGAACUAUUCCUUUAGUCGACUAGAAAUCAAAUUUGAACUUAAAACACAUUUUAUUGUGCACAAUUUGGCAUCCAGAAACUGUGGUAUGCCUUAUUCUUAUAUAAACAGGACUCCAAAAUAACAACAACAAAACAUGAACUUGAUUUGCUUAAGACAUUUAAUUAAUGUUCAAGGAUUUAAAAAAUCCAAAGAUAAUAAAAUGUAGAAACUGUAAUCAUCACCGUAUAUGGAUGAUGCUUGGGUUAUAUAAAUUAAUUUAAUCUUCUCAGGAUUCUGGAAACAUUGUAUUGGCAACGCUUGAUAUUUACUCCUCAAUCAAAUGUUGCAACUUUUUAAAUGACUGAUCUUAUGUGAUGUUCUUUUUAUUCUUUUAUUUUAAUGUUUACAGUGAAAAGAAUAGAUUCAAAUGCAUCUGUUUACACCAAAGAAUAAUGACCCGAUCAAAGAUGUAAAACAACAGUCAUUAUGAUUCACAUGAUGAUGGUGAAAUUCAGAAACCUCAGUGAUUUUGUUUGCGCAUUCUAGACAAUGGAAUAUUUGCCAUUUGUUUUUAAAUGCAUAUAUUGUCAAUGGCCAUUCUCUGGAACAAGGUAACUUUUUUGGCACUGUAUUUUCAUAAAUAGCAUUUUUUAAAUCAUCAUCUAAUUUGUACUGCUAUGAAUUAUGUUAUUGCGCUGAUAUGGGAACGAUGACUGAUGUUUAAAGCAUCUCCUAUGUGUCAGCAUACAGUAGAUGCACGUAAAAACAGGUAUAAUGGUUCUUUACAAAAUUUUGAUCAAGAACCUUUUUCUGAUCAGGAAGUUUUUAAUGUGAAGUUCAUUGUUCAAAUGCAUCAUGGUAUAUGUCAUCAGUUUAGUCAUUUACUUGUUAAAACAUUUGACAAUGUGCCUCAUAAAUACAGGCUCAGGUAACUUACCUCUUUUUUAUAUUCUUCAAAGGCCAGUAAUGCUGUUUAUGCAGCGGUGUGUCAAUGAAUAAAGUUCCUUUUUGAGACAUGUUUACAUCA